CUACAAGAAAAGACAUUGCAAAGCUAAUCUUUUAUGCAAUAUAAUAAAAACUUUCUUCUUGUUCUUAAAGUAAAUAUGGAAAGUUUGAACGAUGUAAUAUCCAGGGUUAUUGGCUAUGAAUUUAAAGAUAGUUUUGUGCUAAAAGAAGCAUUGACUCAUCCAAGUGUAAAUCAAAGGAAUAGCAAAAACCAAACUGUAAACUACGAGAGGUUAGAGUUCUUAGGUGAUAGUAUAUUAAAUAUGAUUAUAUCUGUCAUGCUAUUCAAAUUAUUUCCUGACGAAAAAGAAGGUGCUUUGGCAAGAAGAAAGACAGAUUUAGUUUGUGGUCCUACAAUUGCUAAUAUUGCUAAAGAGAUCAAAUUAGGUGAUUUUAUUAUUAUGAACAAUGGUGAACGCUGCAAUGGGGGUGAAUGCAACGUGAAAAAUUUAGAGAAUGCACUUGAAGCACUAAUAGGCGCAAUUUAUAUUGAUGGUGGUUUUGAAAGUGUUGAAAAAUUUAUUACUAAGUAUUGGGAAGAAUUAGCUAGAAAAACGCUUAACCCACCACAAGAUCCUAAAACCUUAUUGCAAGAAUGGACUCAAAAAAAUAAGCUAUCUUUGCCAGAAUAUGAACUUAUCGAACAAGAUGGUCCAGCCCAUAAGCCUGAGUUUACUAUAUCAGUUUAUGUGGAAAAUUACAGUAGAGUCUGCGCAAAAGCCUACAGCAAAAAAGUUGCUGAGCAAAAAGCUGCUGAAUUAAUGUUGGAAAUGAUUGAUAGUAGUAAAGAAAAUGAGAUAGUGUAGAUGUAUGCUACAUCAGUAGACCUUCUACAAACCGAACAAAAAAGUAGAAAAACAAUAAAAAGCGUAUAAUAAGAUCUGUGAGGUCAAAAUUAUAUCAAAUGUUUCCCGCAAUUUUG